AUGUGGAUGGAGAACGGCUGGGUGAAGACGAACGACACAGUUUGGGAUUGCGAGGAGAUUAUCCGCCCGUGCUCGCCAAACGGGGCGUCUUGCGCAAUUACCCAGUGCUGCUCAGAGCCAGGCUCGAAGUGCUACAAGAAAAAUGAAUACUGGAGCUCGUGCAACAAAACUUGCGACUCAAACACCAUGUGGAUUGAUGGCGGCUGGGUCAAGACGGACGAGGCAGUCUGGGAUUGCGAAGACCUCAGUCUCUUUAGUGCCGAAGGUUCGACAGAUUCCGAGAGCAGCUCCGAUGAGUCGGCACAUUCGGAUAACCUUUUCGACCACGACCUACAAGGCGAAAGAGCCGUCGCCAUAAGCUCUACCAAAGACAGCAACAAUCGCUCUGGAGCUGCGCGCCCGUUCUUGUGCUUUGCUCUGUCGGUCGGACUUACGAGCUCCAUUGCUCUGUUCUUCCUGUGA